AAUAUUGAAACUACUACUUGUUGUGUGUGUAGCUCCCCCAAAAAACCAGUAAUUGGAAUAAAAAAAAAACUACACAGUCAUACGGACGGACAGACGACCAUAAAGUAAAGAUUUGUUGGUGGUGUGGUUAGUUUGCACAACAAAUAUAGCAGCAAAAGCUAUGGCCACUUCAGCAGCAUCAUGUGAUUGUUUGGUGGGGGUGCCAACUGGACCAACACUGGCCUCCACUUGUGGUGGCAGUGCAUUUAUGUUGUUUAUGGGUCUUUUGGAAGUAUUCAUACGUUCACAAUGCGAUCUUGAAGAUCCUUGUGGUCGUGCUAGUUCAAGGUUUCGCUCGGAGCCUGAUUAUGAGUAUGACUUUAUAGUGAUUGGCGGUGGUUCAGCCGGUUCUGUGGCAGCCUCACGUUUAUCCGAAGUGGCACAAUGGAAGGUGUUAUUGAUUGAAGCCGGCAAGUGAAUUUUUGUUUUUAUUUUGCGUUUCU